GGCAGACCACCGCAGCGCGCACAGAAUGAGACACGCCUUUUUCUCGGCUCCGUUGUUGGGUCGGUGGGCAGCGGGGCUGCCGGUGAUUGACCAGCUCCUCUCCCUCGAUCUGUCAGCCGUCGGGCUUGGCACCUCCCCUCUCCUCUAUAAAUGUAGGGAAUCUAUUCGCUCCCUUCACACCGAGCCUGCCGAAGUACGAGGAACUGCGCGGCUCCGCGGGAUGUGUUGACAAGACUACAAUUCCGCCUUUCGGUCGUUUUUUUUGUAUUCCCUUCGCGUAUUUCAUCUGUAUGCACGGCAGCUUUGUGUCUCUAAACACCUUUCCUGCUACCAGAGACGUUCUUCCCCCCCGCGUUGUCUCCGAGCCGUUGGUUUUCUAAGAUGAAGGCUGUUACUCCGGUCCACCCCCAGGACUCCUCCUCCGGCGGCAGCCCGCUCUCGCUGCACUAUCUGUCGAAGCAGAGCUUUAACAUCGCCCGGUGCAGGGUGGAGGAGGAGGACCUGUUCUGCCUGCAGUACGACAUGAACGACUGCUACAGCCGGCUGAAGCGCCUCGUGCCCACCAUUCCGCAGGAUAAGAAAGUCAGCAAAGUGGAGAUCCUCCAGCACGUCAUCGACUACAUCCUGGACCUGCAGCUGGCCCUGGAGACGCACCCAUCGCUCCACAAACAGCAGCCACAGCGGACCGGGACCUGCCCUCCCCCGGCCUCCAACCCGAGUCGCACGCCGCUGACGGCGCUCAACGUCGACCAUCACCAGAGGACGUCAAUAGUCAAAAAGCCGGAGGACUCUAUUUUAUGCCGCUGAGAUACAAGCACUGCACUGGUGUGUAGGCCCGCACAGAGCCACUCCAAAGCUGACAAAGCUUCACCAGGGACUCACCCCCAACUGGAGGCACCCAUCACGGGGAUUUGGAAAAAUAAAUAAUACUAAUAAAACGCCGGGAGGAAUUCAACCCAAAUAAAAUCACCACUCAUUUCAGCUUUUUUUUGUUUUGGUUCCAUCGAACAAGGGAGUCAGUAUGUAGACUUCUCCUCGUCUCCUCGACCCGUCACUCACGGAAUCCCCCACGCCGGAGACGUUUCUGGUCGGAAUCGGGCGAUGAAACUGUCUGUGAAUUGUGCUUAAAGAAUAACUAAAAAGGACUCCAGUUUAAAGCUUUACUAAACUGCUAUAAAAAAAAAAAAAAAGAAAAGAAAAUGGUUGUACAUGUUUUGGACAUCUAUUGUUUCAAAUAGAUGAUUUGUGUUGAACAGGGGGCGUCAUCCCCUGGAGCUGUAAAAUGUUUGAUAUUGUAAAGAAGAACGAUUUUCUGAUUCGAGACGAUUAAGAAUGUACAUAUAUAGAGACACAAAUGUUCUAUAAAAGUAUGUGGAAGGAAGACAGAUAUGCUCAAAAUAGACUAUUGUAAUUAUAAGAUAUUUUUAUUAAAAACCUUUUUUUUGUUGUCGUUAUGUAAAUAUGGUGUUUCGACCUUUUUGAGUCUCUUCGUGGAUGGUUAUGCUCUGCCGAUAAUGUCCUCACAUGAUGAUAUCAGCUAUAACUCUUUGUUGUUUUGGAAUAGUUGAAUAUGUAGCAUGUCCGGCUCCCUGCGGAGACGUUGCACUGAAGCAGCCGUCCCUUCGGGGUGGAGGAAAACACACGUUCUUCUCAUGGUUCUCUCUUCAAUUGUUUUGUACUCAUUAACUUUGACGACUUUGACCCCGCUUGGAGCACCGGGUUCGCUCUGCUGUUUUAUUUUUUUAUUUUUUAUUGAUUCUGUUACAUUGCACUCUUUGUUUAAAAAAAGAACUAUUUGAGCGCUACAGGCAGCGUUGUGACACCUUUUCAAAAAGAACGUGUCACAGCUUCUCCUUGAGAAGUUAAUAACUCUGGUUAUGAAUUAUGAAAUAUGUGAACAUUACCAGACUCCUUCUGGACGACGUGUCUUUAGACGUGAAGUGACGCAGAGAGAGAGAGAGAGAAAGACGCCUUUUUAUUUUUCAUCGUGACAUCGAACGCCGGCUUUACCUCACCGCCCUCCUGCCAGUGUGAGAGGGCACUUGUACAUUUCUGUCAGCUGCACUGUUGGACUCGACCUUCACUGGCUGGUGAGGAGUUGUCAAAAACAAUUAAAGUUUCCAGGAAAGAA